AUGGGUAUCUUCAAUUCCAAGCCUGCUCCGGAGCCCUCUCCCACCGAACUUGAAAGCAACUUUGACGAGCAGCCUACCUUCGUCCCCUACUCCGAUACUAUCAAAAAGGCCUCGCGCAGAGCCAACCCCAGCGGUCAAUACUCUAGCUUCCUGAUUUCGAAAGCUGUUCCUGACCCCGGACCUAAAGUGAGUGGAAGUGAUCCGAAAUCCAUCGAGGACCGCACCCGAGUCCGAGAGUCCUCUGCCAUCGGUCACAACUCCUACCCAACAACUCGGAUGUUCGGUACAAACAUUCGUCGCCGCCGUACAUCUGCCCCCAUGGUCCCUCACUCGUCCCGUGAGGCAGGUGAUGAUUACUUCAGCGUCAACCACCACACUGGAUCUGGCAUCUCAUGGUCCGAUAAGGCCUACGACAGGACUACACCAGAUGUCAAGAACAACAAGAAAUAG